AGCAGGUGGAGCGACUGCAGAAGAAGAUGGAAGGGGGCCGUCUUCCGGUCUGUGUUUUGUUUGGUUGUCCGGCGGCCGCCAUGUUGAAUGUCCUUCGAGCGUCUGCUCGCAACUUUCUCGCACUCGGCAGCGUCCGAGCGGUGUCCGCGAGUUUCUAUUCCACAGAAAUGAGCAAACGCGUGGCCGUGGUGCUGGCGGGCUGCGGGGUCUUCGACGGCAGCGAGAUCCACGAAGCUUCCGCCAUUUUGGUGCAUUUGAGCCGAGGAGGCGCAAGUGUGCACAUGUUCGCCCCCAACGUGGAGCAGAUGCACGUGGUGGACCACGCCAAGGGAGAGCCCACGCAGGAGAAAAGGAACGUGCUGGUGGAGAGCGCCAGGCUGGCCCGUGGAAACAUUCAGGACCUUUCCAAACUCAGCGUCAAGGACCACGACGCCAUCAUCUUCCCAGGCGGUUUCGGGGCAGCGAAGAACCUGUGCACGUGGGCGGUGCAGGGCAAAGACUGCUCGGUGGACGGCGAGGUCAAGGCGGCGCUGGAGGCGUUCCGCGGCGAGGGCAAACCCAUCGGCCUGUGCUGCAUCUCGCCCGUGCUGGCCGCCAAAGUGUUCCCCGGCUGCGAGGUCACCGUCGGCCUGGAGAACGACGACAAGUACCCCAACACGACGGAGACGGCGGCCGCCAUCGAGCAGCUGGGCUGCCGGCACGUCAGCACGGCCGUUAGCCGGAGCCACGUGGAUCGCCAGAACAAGCUGGUGACCACCUGCGCCUUCAUGUGCGACGCGCCCAUCCACGAGGUGUUCGACGGCAUCGGCGCCAUGGUGCAGGACGUGCUCAAGCUAGCCUGAGCCCGGCCUUACUGCUCAAGGAAAAGCCGUAUAAAAAUGAAAACCGCAUCGGAGCACAAAUCGCUUUGACUCCUUUUGUCGAAUUGUGUCGCUUUUUGUUCUAGAAAAGAGGAUCAGUGGCUACAAUCGAAUUUUCCACACGCUGAUUUAGCGCCGCAUUGCGCGAAUAGAUCAGGCGAUUAUUUUUGUUGACGACAUGGCAGAACUUUGUGGUUGCACAACGGCGAGGGCGACGAAAAUAAGAUAUGAGGGCAAAAAUAGUCAAUAGAUUAAAGCUGUCCGCUGUCUUGUGGUGUUCUUUUUGUUCGGAGGAAAAUGGAAUAAAGAUAUAAAACUUCAA